UGUGUUUUCGUUUAUCGUUUGGAAACAACGGAGCUAACCUCUGUAAAUCUUAUUUAUAACUAGGAAUUUAAAAUAAACUGAUAACAAUUUACUAUUUUUUUAAACGAUUGACAUUUCAAUUACUUUUCAGCUAGAGAGGACCUUUUUCGUCGAUUUGUUGACCGGUGACUAAAUAAAAUCAGACUUCAACAAUGGAGCCUAGCAGAUCGGGCUUGAAAACGUGAAAUUUCUACAGUAGGCUGUUUGAUAGUUCUAACUUGCCAAGCUACUGCAGGCCUACUAACAGUUGAGAAAAAUGAGCAAGAUCACGGGAACUGGAUUAGAGGAGAUAGGAGUGCCAGGCCAGAGUUUUCUACGAGAAUCUCUGACGAGCUGUACUGAUCCUCUCAAGGCUAUUGAAGAAUUUCAGCUCGAAAAUGGAAUUCUUCUUCCAUCUCUUAGACAAAUGCUCCCAUUAUUGGAUCUCCAUGGCGUUCGUAGACUAGAUUUCCAUACGUCUGUUCUUGAGGAGUUACGAGACCGUCUUGUCGCACACAUCAACGAAAUCGGCCAAAAGGAGGGGAAGGAGAAUGAGAGGAAGCUGAAAGAGAUGCUGUCCAAGAGCUUUCCUCUGGUGAAAGUGAAGGCGCUGAGACCAGUGGUCAUGUGCAUCCUCAGGAACACAUCGCACAUCGACGACAAGUAUCUGCGUAUUCUAGUGCGAGACAAAGAGCUGUACGACGACACGGACACGGAGGUGAAGCGGCAGAUCUGGAAGGACAACCAGUCGCUGUUCGGUGACGAGGUGUCGCCGCUGCUGACGCGAUACAUCCGCGAGAAGGAGAACGUGCUCUUCGACCACAACAAUCUCACCAACCUCUUCUUUGCGCCCUCGCCUAAAGUACGCCGUCAAGGCGAGGUGGUGCAGAAGUUGGCGCAUAUGAUUGGCACAAGCAUAAAGCUGUAUGACAUGGUGCUGCAGUUCUUGAGAACGCUGUUUCUGCGCACGCGCAAUGUGCACUAUUGCACACUUAGGGCCGAACUGCUCAUGGCGCUGCAUGACCUCGAAGUUCAGGAUAUUAUAUCUGUUGAUCCAUGCCAUAAAUUCACAUGGUGUCUCGAUGCAUGUAUAAGAGAAAAGAAUGUUGAUAUUAAGAGAUCUCGAGAAUUACAGGGCUUCCUCGACAGCAUACGUAGAGGCCAUGAACAGGUUUUGGGUGACCUUUCAAUGACUUUGUGUGACCCUUAUGCCAUCAAUUUCCUCGCCACUUCUGCUAUGAAAAUUCUACAGCAUUUAAUAAAUAACGAGUCACUACCGAGGGAAAAUACUGUUUUGAUUCUUCUUUUGAGAAUGCUGGCGCUAGGUCUGAGUGCUUGGGUUAUGAUCGAUUCUCAGGAAUUCAAAGAGCCAAAAUUGGACAGUCAGGUGGUGACGAAAUUCCUGCCGGCGCUGAUGUCGCUGAUGGUCGACGACCAGGUGAGGCAGGUCAACUCCAAGCUGCCGCCCGACGAGCGAGAGUCCGCCAUCACUAUCAUCGAACAUUCUGGUCCGCCACCAGACGCGUGCCAGGCGUACGUGCAAGAGAGCUCGGUGGCGAGCAUCAUUGCCAUGUACUACACGCUGCACACUGCCAAGCACCGCGACAAGGUGGGCCUGAUGCGCGUGCUCGGCGCACUAGCCAACUGCCACAGCGACCGCGCCUUCGAGGAUCCCUUCCUUCACUUCCUGGUAUCACUACUAAUUCACAUGGGAGACGAGUUCGCGGCCGAGGACUUUUGCACGGUGAUCUUCGACGAGUUCUUCUGCGCAGGUCUGGCGUCCGGCCUGGCCGAGAACGUGAUCAGGCAUGUGCUGAAGCUGCUCUGGUACGUCUACCCGAAGCUGCCUCCCGCCCGCCUCCACACACUCAUCAAAGUACUGCAGCCAAACUCUCAGCAUAACGAUUCUGUCCAUACCCUGUAUGAAACAAUCCAGGAGAAGAUAGGAAGUCAGCAAGAACCUCCAAUGAUUCCAGAAAAUCUAGAUUAUUUGGAAUCGCCUCUCAUGAGUGUGCCUAUGCCUACUCCAGCGCCUCUAUAAGGUUCAAUCAUAAUCACGCAAUUUACUCAUCAUUUCUUUUUGUUCAAUUUUGAAAGGUGUUUUAUACAUUAUCACUCGACCAAGCGCUAAACGUUGAAAUUUAUCCACCAAUAAUUCUCGAAUCACCUUCCAUCUUGCGCAUAUAUCAGUCAUUUUAACAAUAAUAACACCCACACCUUGAACUUUAAGUGUUUUGUAACAAAUGACACCUUUCUCAAUUCUGUAAGUAAUUUCAAUAAAUAUUUAUGUGCUUUCAAAGUUGUAAAAUCCUUUUAUAAUUACUCUGUAUAAUGAAGGAAAGAAUCGGCUUAUAGGAAGGGCAUAGGAAAUUCACGAAUGACGCACUAUCAAGUCUGAACUACUGGACUGAUUAACUUGACAUUUUUCAUAUAGAUUCUUAUUUUACCGAGGAUGGUUAAGGUAGACGCACACAGAUCGUCAUCGGACGGACGGCACGCAUCGGACGGAUCGGACGAUUAGAUUUGAAGUAUUGUUUUCAAUUGGAGCGCGCAUAACUAUACGGAUGCGGAUAGGUAUGCGCAAUGCGCACUCCAAUUGAAAACAAUGCAUCAAAUCUAAUCAUCCGAUCCGUCCGAUGACGAUCUGUGUGCGCCUACCUUUAAAGACCUAAUUUAAAUUCUUCAAGAUUCCAGUUGGUCAAGUUUUCAGUUUGUCUAAUUUAUUAUUAAAUCCUUGCGGAGCACGGGUUACCUGCUAGUCACAAAUAAAAAUGGCGAAUGAUUGAGAACAUACUGUUCAAGCAACUUCCAAAUAUUUUAUCUAUGUCUUGCCAAGACUUUAUCGCUCGCGCAAAACAGUUAUCACGCGACGCGAAGCAGAGUGUGAUAAUUUUGCAAGAGCAAUAAAGAAGCAUUACGGGCGAAUUACAUCAAAAUUUUGAUCUACGGUGCGAGAUUUCAGGUGUUCAUAUUGGCUGCAGCCCAAAAAAAUAUCAUUUGCAGUGCUGUGAUUGGUCAAGUAUGACUUCAACAAGCAAAAUUUCAAGAAGCUUUUUAAAUACGUAGUGUAUUUAAGGCAAUUUUGUCAAGCCAGUUCUUAGCUGGAAAUUGGCUUACUGAAGUUUACUUAGCUCAAGUCAACUUGUAAAAGUUUUUGAAUACGGCCCCAAGAGUGGGGGAAUGCGGGAGUUUCGGCUCACUUCAGGUGUCCUCACUGGUAUCACAAACUCAUGGGUUAUAACUGUUAGGACACUCUGUAUAUAUAUGCCUGUCAUUGGUUGAGUGGUAUUUUCAAAGAGGUUGUUUGAAAUGUUGUCUAAAAACAUUAUACAUACAUGGUCUGUAUUUAUAAACGAUUCUCAUGAUCGAACAUAACUUGAAUCGACUUUGGUUGCCUAGCAACCAAGUAAUGAAAAAGUGAUUAAUUCAUCAUUUACAGAUUCAUGAUAAAAAACAAAAUGUUAACUCAGCCAAGUUCGAUCUCAAAAUGCGCUCGAUCAUAAUGGUCACAAACAAGGUAGUUCUUAAAUGUGGUAUUAAAAAAGUAUUUCUGUUCCAAUUGACUGACUUAAUAUUGUGCCAACAGAAAUGGAAUUCAUUAAUAUUUACGGAAUAAAUUACUUCAUUUUAUAUCCUCUCAAGAUUGUAAUAUCUGUAGUUAUAUGUAUGUAUAUCUUGUAGACGUGCUAUUAUUACUUCAUCAUUAUGAGGAACCUUUUGUUGAGCCAUUGAUUUAAAUAUUGCAUUGUAUUUGAGAAUUUAAAUAAACGGUUUGUUUUGUA